AAAAGACCAAAAUUCUAUCUUUCGCUCAGUUCACUUCAACCUUUGGCAAGAAGACGACACUCGAAAGAAAUAUUCAAUCGGAUAUUACAGUCUUCGGUGGUUCCAACAAAAUUUCAAAAUGCGCUUUUUUGUGAUUAUCGCCGCUUGCAUCGGAAUUGCUUCGGCGCAGUCUGGUUAUGCUGGGGCUGGAGCUUCAGCAAGCGCACAAUCAGGAGUGAGAAUUCUGCCUACACCGCUCGUUUACCAGGAUCAAGUCGGUAAUGCAGCCCCAUUAGGCGCUGGAGCUCAGGCAGGCGCACAGGCAAGUGCUGGUGCUGGGGCAGGUGCAUAUCCAGGACAGCAACAAGGAUUCAGAGGUCUAUCUCAGGCGGGAGCACAGGCACAGGCAAGUGCUAAUGCUGCGGCAGACUACAAUGCUGGCUACCAGGCAGGACUUCGUGCGGGUGCUUCCGCGGGUGCUUCCGCGGGUGCCUCGGCUGGAUCUGUUGGCAUUGCCGACACACGGUUCGGUGGCUCCGGUGCAAUCUCCGGAGCUUCGGCAAGCAGCAACAGUUUCGCCUCUGGUUCCGCCGGUGCUUACAGCUCGGCCGAUGCAAAGACCGAGGUCCGCUUUGCUGCUCCAGUAGUCCAGAAGAACUUCUACUACCAUGUGGCACCCGAGGAGCCGAAGGCCGCCGCCGAAGCUAACACGCUGACCAUCACGCCCCGCAAACACUACAAGGUCAUCUUCAUCAAGGCCCCGACUGUCAGUGCCGAUGCCGCUGCUAAGGCUCAGGCUGCCAGCAAAACUGAAGAGAAGACGAUCGUCUACGUGCUCGUUAACAAGCCUGCCAAGGCAAAGGCCGGUUCGUCCUCUGAGGCUAGCUCGUUCGCAUCUGCCAAGCCAGAAGUAUACUUUGUUAAGUACCAGGGCAAGGACGCAAGGGCUGCCUCUACCGCUAUUGCUCAGGCUGGUGCUACUUCUCAGGCUGGUGCUACUUCUCAGGCUGGCGCUACUGCUGCUGCUAAAGCUCAGGCUGGUGCAGGCAGUGGUUUUGGUGGCAAUGCAGGCGGUAGCUUCGCAAAUGCUGGCGCUGCUGCAGGAGCAGGAUAUAACAACAACUCCGGUCGAGGUGGAUCGUUUGGUAACGCCGGUGCCAGUGCAGCCGCGGGUGCCCAAGCUGGUGGGUUUGGAAACGGACCUUCCUAUGCAGGUGCUAACGCUGGUGCUUCCGCUGGCGGUAAUAGUGAAUUAACCUAUUCCAAAGCGUCCACCAUCAGUUGUACUUGGAGUUCCAUUUUUGCUGCCUGUUUGGCUGUCGCUUCCGCUGAUAUUGGUCUGAAGCUUCGUCAGGCAGCAGCUGCUGGUGCUGCAACCAGCUAUGACGUUGGACAACAGUCCGUAUCCGUAGACUAUGCGCCAGCGGUAUUCGAAGACUCUGUCGUUGGUGGUGCUGAUUUGGGUGGACGAUCUUCUUCCUUCGGAUCUGCAGGUGCAUCUGCAGGUGCUUUGGCAGGUGCUUCAGCAGGUGCUUCCGCCGGUGCUUCCGCCGGUGCUUCUGCAGGUGCUUCAGCAGACUACAAUGCUGGCUACCAGGCAGGACUUCGUGCUGCUUCCGCGGGUGCCUCGGCCAAUGCUAACGCUGGAUCUGUUGGCGUUGCCGACACACGGUUCGGUGCCUCCGGUGCAUUCUCCGGAUCUUCGGCAAGCAGCAACAGUUUCGCCUCGGGAUCCGCCGGUUCGUCCGCCGGUUCGUCGGCCGGCGCUUCCAGCUCGGCCUUUGCAAAGACCCAGGUCCGCUAUGCUGCUCCAGUAAUUCGCAAGAACUUCUACUACCACGUGGCACCCGAGGAGCCGAGGGCCGCCGCCGAAGCUAACACGCUGACCAUCACGCCCCGCAAACACUACAAGGUCAUCUUCAUCAAGGCCCCGUCUGUCAGUGCCGAUGCCGCUGCUCAGGCACAGGCUGCCAGCCAAACAGAGGAGAAGACGAUCGUCUACGUGCUCGUUAACAAGCCUGCCAAGGCAAAGGCCGGUUCGGCCGCUGAUGCUAGCUCGUUCUCAUCCGGCAAACCGGAGGUCUACUUUGUCAAGUACCAGGGCAAGGAUGCUCAAGCCCUUGCUUCCUCUGGUGCCAGUGCAUCCUCCGGUGCCUCGGCAUAUAGUGGUGCCGCUGCCGAUGCAUUCAGCGGUGCUAACGCUGGUGCAAAUGCUUUCGGUUCCGCUGUGGGCGAUGCUGGUUUGGGUUCUGCAGGAUCGUUCGCUGGUGCAUCCAGCUUAGCCAGUGCGGGAGCCAGUGCUAAUGAUUACGACUUCAACGUGCGUUUAGACGGCCUGUCCGGGGCAUCUGCUGGAAGUGCCGGAUUCAGCGCUGCAGAAGCUGGAGCCGGUGCCACGUCGUUUGGUGGAGCCGCUGCCAAUGCUGAGGCAAGCGCUGGCGCUGUCAACACUGUUAUCUACUAAGGCGUCAAAGAACCUAAGCAAGUGAGCUAACCUCCAACUCAACCCAAAGCGCUUGUGUUUGUCUUGAGACAGUGCACAAUAAAGACUGUAGCGAUACACAAAAUGCCCGGCAGCCAAGCGAUGAGAUUACGUACGGACCAGGUUAAUUGCAAAUGAAGCGGAAAACCACUCACACCCAUCAUAUGUAUAGAAAGGAAAAACGAUAUUGAGCGUACCGAUGCUACGCCAUUGCUGCAUGAACUGUAUUCAAACUUUCACAGCGUUGCAAAGUUCUUACAUAGUUAUCCUUUCACUCUCUCUCUAUCACUCUUUUUCUUUUGCUUCCGCGUCUACCAAUUAAUCUUGUUUAUAUUUGUUUCCAAAACUAAGCUCAAUAAAAACAAAAACAUGUAUACAACAAUUAAAGCCACCCUGCAUUAUGAUUGAUUGCGAAAAGAAAAGAAACGAAAAGCGAAAUCCUUACAUCUUCAGAGCUUGUAUCUUAAUCUCACCACAUUAUGCAAACAGAAAAUCCCAUGGAUUGCAUAAUAUUUUUGUAGAUAGGAACACGAACGGAUCUAUGGGGGGCCAAACUUGGC